CCCCAAGCCCCAGCCCCCGCCCGGCUGCAGCUGCACGAGCGCGUCUCCGGAGCGACACUCGGCGCGCGGGGAUCCGGUUGGAGCAGACGGUGGUGUAACUGGGAGUAAUAAACUGGUGUAACUGGGAGUAAUAAUGGUGAAGCUGGGCAGUAAUCUGCAGGAUAAAGGCGGGAAAUCGAGCAGCGCUGAAGACGGGUUCCAGACCGUCCCCCUCAUCACCCCCCUGGAUGUUACUCAUCUUCAGUACCAGCCACCAGACAAGGUGGUGGUGAAAACACGGACUGAGUAUCAGACGGAUCAGAAGAACAAGGCCAAGCUGAAGGUGCCCAAAGUGGAGGAGUUCAGCAUCAGCUUCACUGACGGAGUGUCUGAGAGACUGAAGGUCACCAUCCUCAUCGUCCUGGCUCUGGCGUUCCUGGCCUGUAUAGUGUUCCUGGUCGUGUACAAAGCUUUUACUUACGAUCACACCUGUCCAGAUGGCUUCGUGUAUAAGCACAAGCGGUGCAUCCCGGCGUCACUGGAGGCAUACUACACCGCCCAGGACUCCAGCGCCCGCGGACGCUUCUACACCGUCAUCAGUCACUACAGCAUCGCCAAGCAGACCUCCACCCGCUCCGUCUCCCCCUGGCUGCCCGGCGCCGCCGCCGCCCCCCACCACGCCAAACCCCCCAACACCGACAGCCAAUGAUCCUUCAACACCCCCCAUAACCCCCCCCCAACUCCCCCUAUAACCCUCCCAAUACCCCCUAUAACCCCCCAUAACCCCCCCAAUACCCCCUAUAACCCCCCCAUAACACCCCUAACCCCCCUUAAACCACCCUAAAACCAGCUAAACCCCCACAAAACCAACACCCCCCACUUAUUAAACAGCAGUCACUGUCCCGGGUCACUCUGUCACCUGAUUUACCCACAAUGCUCCAUUUUAUCUCCUCUGUUUGUUAGUUUUUACUCCUGUAAUUUCUCAUGACUAUUGAUUUAUUUAUUUUGAAUAUUUAUUUAUUUAUUAUUGUAUAAUUGCUGAGAUUUGUUUGUAUUUGAUAUCUGAGAGUUUGUAUAAAGGCAUGACUGUUUCUCCCGCAGUUCUGACCCGUUUUGUAGUUCUGUGGUUUUGUAGUUCUGUAGUUCUCUGUCCGGUUUAUUGUGAAAGGCAUGAUGCAAAUAAGGGAAGCUUUUUGUGGUUCAGUUUCUGUGGAUUUACAUUAAGAUCUAAUCUGAUUUUUUAUGGUGAUUGGGUAACGACAGUAAUGUAACCAUGGCGACGGAGCGCGGGGUGAACGUGUGUUCUGGUUCCUCUUUUGAGCCGAAGUGUAAAAUAAGGUUAUUCAGCAGUUUGUGCUUCAUCACUGGAGGAGGAACCGAGUCCAGAACCUCGAGGUUCUGCUCCAGUUACAGAUCUGCACUGUUCUCGUUUUUAUAUCUGUUAUAAGUUUGUGUCGUUAGUGAACAUGUAGCAAAACCCUGAGUAUUUUUAAUUGUCAAUCGUUUAGAAUUAAUCAAUAAAGAUAAACAGGAUGUUCAGUA